CAACGAGGAAAAUGUAGUUGAGAGCGCCAAAUAAAAUCGUGAGGGUCGAUAUAAAACAUCAUCGUAAGGGUCGUAAGAUAAUCUGGUCAGUAUGAAAUUGGUUGUUGCAAGAGUAAUAGAGAUUCGAAUGGGCAGUUUUUACAGUGGUAGUAUGUCCAUAAGUCCAUAAUAAUAGGGUUUCAUAUAUUCCAUUUGUGACAAAAUUUGCGAAAAUGUUGUGUACUUCUGGUAUGACAACUAAGUCUAAAAAGGCAAUUUUGUUUUGUCACAUUGAUUAUUACAGAUGGACGAAACGAGACCUAUGCCACAGUUCAGAUGCGAGGACAUUGCAAAAGCACGACUGCACCAUGAAUGGAAAGAUUGGAAGAGUGGGCUCGAGAGAUAUUUUGAUGCUAAUGAUAUAAAUGAUCAGUACAAAAAGCGCGCUAAACUGCUGUACUUGGGAGGGCCCCAGUUGGACAAAGUUUUUACCAAUCUUCCAGAUGGAAACAAAUUUCCGUUAGUUGCUGUUGAGAAGAAGUAUUACGACGUGGCAGUUGCAGCAUUGGAUAAUUACUUCCAACCUGUGAAACAGGAUAUCCUGGAGAGACAUCGUUUGCGUCAGAUGAAGCAACUUCCGGGAGAAAAGUUUUCCCACUAUAUGGUUCGUUUGAGACAGCAAGCUGCCCUCUGCGGCUUCGACAAAUAUUCAAAAAAGACAAGGCAGGUUUUAACGGAUAUGACGAUUACCGAUGUCAUCGUUGAAGGUUGUCUUUCGGUCGAACUCCGGCGAAGAAUGCUAUUGAAGGACCGCUCUUUAGACGAAAUCGAAGAGAUCGCUUCUGGCUUGGAAGGUGUCGAUUCCCAAAUUCAAGACCUUGCAGGGAAAUCAAAUGAGAGUAAUUCGGCUGACAAAGUGUACAAGGUGAAAGAUUUUUCGUCACAAGGGUACAGACGUCCUCUGGCAACUAAGUUCAGAUCAGGAGAGGGUCGUUAUCGCGGACGUCCGGCUGUGCGACAUACUACGAACGUUGUUUGCUUUAACUGUGGCAAGUCUGGCCACAUUUCGUCGUCUGAUUCCUGUCCAGCGAAAGGGAAACAGUGUCGAAACUGUAAACGAGUAGGCCAUUUUGAUUACACCUGUAAAUCGUCUCGUUCUUCUGUAAAGCAGACAUCGUUUUCACCGCCGAGUAAGAAAAUUCGGGUUGUAGAGGAGAAAGAGACACGUGAAGCCGACGAGGGAAAGGUCUACUAUGCUUUUGUCAACGGUAAUCUAACCAACAUGCUUACAUUUGAGAUAGGAGGCGUCUCUUUGGAUAUGCUGGUAGAUUCAGGGGCGGAUGCUAAUUUAGUGACCUCGGAAGCAUGGGAGAAAUUGAAGCAGGCCGGUGUUCGCGUCACUAGUUCCACGAAAGAGUCCGAUCGUUCCUUCCUUUCGUAUGGCAGUUCUGACCCGCUGGCCGUCCGUGGGAAAUUCACAGCAGAGAUCAAAAUUCAAGAUCGAUUGGUGCUCGCUAAUUUCUACGUCGUGGAGAAAGGACAAACUUGCUUGUUGGGAGAUGUUACUGCAAAGCAGCUACAAGUGUUGCAGGUUGGGGCCAAUCUCAACCGGGUAGAGAAGUCUGAUCCGUUCACCUGCAUCAAAGACGUCGAGGUUCACAUUCACAUGGAUCCGGAAGCUAAGCCCGUCGUACAACCCGUGAGACGGUUGCCAAUUCCUCUCGAAGCUGAAGUUAAUCGUAAGUUGGAUGAAAUGUUGAGCAGAGAUAUCAUCGAGCCAAAGUUAGGUCCAACCACGUGGGUCUCUCCGUUGGUAGUCGUUGCUAAGGCAAACGGAGGGUUGCGAUUGUGCGUAGAUCUUCGUAGAGUGAACCAGUCAGUCUUGCGGGAGUAUCACCCCAUGCCGGUCAUAGAUCACAUUCUGGCGCGAAUCGGGACUGGCGUAGUAUGGAGUAAGUUGGAUAUAAGGGAUUCUUUUCUACAAAUCAUGGUUGCUGCGGAGUCUCGAGAUAUUCUCACGUUUAUAACAGAAAAGGGGUUGUUUAGAUUCAAGAGGCUUCCGUUUGGCCUCAUAACUGCGCCUGAAAUUUUCCAAAGAGUCAUUGACGAAAUUCUUUGCGGUUGUGAGGGCACCCAUUGGUACCUUGAUGAUAUUUUUGUGGAAGGCGAAACUCUAGAAGAGCAUGAUGCUCGAUUGGAGAAGGUUAUGGCUAAACUCAAGGAGCGAGGGGUACAACUGAAUAUGGAUAAAUGCCGCUUCAGGGUUACUGAACUGGAAUUUCUCGGAUAUAAGAUUUCGGAAUCUGGAAUAGCUCCAUCUGAGGCUAAAGUUGAAGCAAUCAUAGCGUUCCGUCGUCCUGCAAACGAAGGUGAGAUCCGUAGCUUUCUGGGUCUGGCCAACUACCUCAACAGGUACAUACCUCAUUUAGCCACCCUGGAUGAACCGCUGAGGGAAUUGACCAGGAAGGGUGUCAAAUUCUCUUGGGAUUCACGUCAUGAAACGUCAUUUCAAGCCAUUAAACGUGCUAUGUCAGAUGUUCGUAUCCUUGGGUUCUAUGACGCACGCGACAGAACGGCUGUGAUUGCCGAUGCCAGUCCCACGGGGCUGGGGGCAAUGCUUGUACAGACGAAUAGGCAAGGACACGAUAGAGUAGUUAGCUUCGCAUCGAAAUCACUCACGGAAACUGAAAGAAGAUACUGUCAGACGGAGAAGGAGGCUUUGGGACUGGUAUGGGCCGUCGAAAAAUUCCAAUUUUACCUCUUGGGUCGAAAAUUUGAUUUGGUUACGGAUUGCAAGGCAUUGGUGUAUUUGUUUACACCACGAUCAAAACCGUGCUCAAGGAUUGAACGGUGGGUGUUGAGAUUGCAAUGCUUCAAUUACUCAAUCGUUCAUAUCCGAGGAGACCAAAAUGCUGCAGACGCUCUUUCUCGUCUUUCAUGUACAACGGUCGAGCCAUUUGAUUCGGCAGAGGAACUUGUUAUUCAACACAUAGCUUCGGUUAGCGCUGAAUCUAUCGCGGUUUCUUGGCAAGAAAUACUUCGUGAAUCUCGAGAUGACGCAGAAAUCAUGAACAUCCUCAAGUGCAUAAUGGAAGACACUAUUGAGCUUCUACCAGCUGCUUAUCGUAUUAUUUCUGCAGAGCUGUGCGACGUUGGAGGAGUUCUGCUGCGAGGAGAUCGCAUAGUCGUUCCAGCAGGAUUACGACAACGAGUUCUGACCAUCGCUCACGACGGACACCCCGGGGUGCGUAUGAUGAAAUCAUAUCUUCGAUCUGUCGUUUGGUGGCCUAAAUUGGAUGCAGACACAGAAAGCUUCGUGAAAAAUUGUCGUGGGUGUACAUUAGUAGCUGCUCCUGAUGCCCCUGAGCCGAUGCUCCGCCGUUCGCUCCCUUCCGGACCAUGGGAAGAUAUCGCCAUUGAUUACCUAGGGCCACUUCCUGGCGGGCAGAAUUUGUUGGUGAUUGUCGACUGCUAUAGCAGAUACCUCGAAGUGUGCGAAAUGACUUGCAUUGAUUCUACGGAGACUAUCAGCCGCUUGCGAGAAGUCUUCGGCAGAUUCGGUAUACCAUCCUUGAUAAAAGCAGACAACGGUCCACAAUUUGCCAGCACAGAAUUCAAAAACUUUUGUCGUGACUACGGAAUACAUCUGGUCAAUACGAUUCCAUAUUGGCCGCAGAUGAACGGCCAGGUGGAGCGGCAAAAUCGCUCAAUCCUGAAGAGACUUCGUAUCGCACAAGAACUUGGCAAAGAUUGGCGAAAAGAGCUGCACGAAUUUCUUUUGGUAUACCAUGCUACAAAUCAUGCGACUACCGGAGAAGCACCAUCGAAACUGAUGUUCGGGCGCAGAAUCAGGGGUAGACUUCCUUAUGUUCCGGUCCAUUACGAGGAUGAGGCUGUGCGAGAUGUCGACGGAAUACGAAAAGAGAAGGGAAAGAACUACUCUGACGGGAAGCGUCGAGCCACUUACAGCGAAAUACGGGAAGGUGACAAAGUGUUUGUGAAGCGGAUGAAAAAGAAUCAUAAGUUGGAGGCGGACUACUCUGCAGAGGAAUACGAUGUUGUGAACAAAAAGGGGUCUGAUGUCAUUGUACGUUCCCGGGUCUCCGGGAAAAAGUUCCGUCGCAACGUGACGCACCUUAAGAAGGUUCCACAAAUAGACGACAAUGUUCAGCCCACAGCGACGACAGAGACGGAUCAAAGCACAUCAAGCGAAGUGGUUGAUGGAAGGAUGGAUGAAACCGUACAAUUGACUGAAACGCCGUCUGAUCGGAAACGUGAGAGACAACAACCAACGAAAUUCAAAGGCUAUGUUCCUUUCUAAAAUUUUUGUAAGUAAAGGUGGGGUUGUAGGGUCUGGGAGCACUGGCAAGACAGAAUGUUGAAAGGAGCAACACGCUCAUGGGAGGUGAGAGAUAAACGUCUUGGGGUGACAAGGGGAGAGGAGAAAAGGGGAGAUUGUUUGGGAGUGUGAAACGAGAAAGGUGUGAAUAAACCGGGUCGAAUACAAAUCGUUUUUCUAGUUGCAAGACUUGAUAUCAAAUCCGAAGACCAGCGGCACUACACCA